UCUCGGUGUCUGCGCGGGGCAGGCGAUAGUGUGGAGUACCGAGCUUGGCCUGUGCAGAUACAGUGUUUCCGGAGCCCGACUGAGAACCGUAGCAGCUCAGGUGGACCGGGCCGCACGGCUGUUGACCUACCAAAGAGAUUUCUAGACAAAAUAAAAGAGGGGAAACGUGGUAGAUUCAAGGGUGAUGGAUCCGUGCUCGGUGGGAGUCCAGCUUCGCACCACACAUGACUGCCAUAAAACCUUCUACACUCGGCACACGGGCUUCAAGACAUUGAAAGAAUUGUCAUCAAAUGACAUGCUUUUACUUCAGCUUAGAACUGGAAUGACACUUUCUGGGAAUAAUACGAUUUGUCUCCAUCAUGUAAAAAUUUAUAUUGAAAGAUUUGAAGAGUUACAGAAGUCAUGUUGUGACCCAUUUAACAUACACAAAAAGCUAGCCAAAAAGAAUCUACAUGUAAUUGACUUAGAUGAUGCCACUUUUCUGAGUGCAAAGUUUGGAAGGCAGCUCGUACCUGGUUGGAAGCUUUGCCCAAAAUGUACCCAGAUCAUCAAUGGAAGCGUGGAUGUUGAUUCAGAUGACCGCCAGAGACGGAAACCCGAGUCAGAUGGAAGGACUGCUAAAGCUCUGAGGUCACUACAGUUUACAAACCCAGGAAAGCAAACUGAAUUUGCUCCAGAAAGUGGUAAAAGGGAGAAAAGGAAGCUCACCAAAAAUGCAAGCGCUGGUUCCGACAGACAAAUUAUUCCAGCAAAGAGUAAGGUGUAUGACAGCCAGGGCCUGCUGAUAUUCAGCGGCAUGGACCUCUGCGACUGCCUGGACGAGGACUGCUUGGGAUGCUUCUACGCCUGCCCCACCUGUGGCUCCACCAAAUGUGGGGCGGAGUGCCGCUGCGACCGCAAGUGGCUGUAUGAGCAGAUAGAGAUUGAAGGAGGCGAGAUAAUCCAUAAUAAACACGCUGGCAAAGCAUAUGGUCUGUUAUCUCCCUGUCACCCAUAUGAUAUUUUACAAAAGUGAUCGCCAAAUAUUGAUCAGCAAAGAUGAAAACGCGGCAAAGACACGAACAGUGACCUUUCUGGAAGUGAAAUUUGGAUCAGUCAUAAAUGGAAUGUGGAUGCCACCGCUGGUCAUGGGAGUGUUGAUUACCGCUGCUGUCCUUGAGACGUGUGCAUCAGAGGAACCUGGUGAGGAACUGACACACAUUGCCGAGAGAAGCAGCUGGGAUGAGCAAGAAGACUGUCCCAGACAAAGUUACGGUAAAAACUUAACGUAAAGGCUGUUUACUGUAAAUAGAUUCGUCACAGCAUUGAAACGGUCAGAAAGGUUCCUGUCACUGUUACUAACACACCAGUCAGAGGCUAUUCAGAUGACUUUAGGCAAUACAAUAAAACUCUUAAUUCUCAAUACAUAAACUUUAAUUUUCUUGUCCAUUUAUAGCUAUAAGUUUUUAAUAUUUUGAUGGAUAUUUAAAGGUCAUACAGCAAUCCUCUUUCCCCUUGAUUAUUAGCAUUUCUUUAGUGCAUCGCCUCACAGUGCUGUACAAAUAGAUAGGCCCAGCCCUUAGCUGGGAGCAGCACCUGUGACACAGAAAACUGAUUUUCCUGCAACACAGUAAGUGGCUAUUUUGAAAACAAACUAGAUACCUAAGUGCUAAAACGCAGUUCUUUUUCCUCCGUCUGGAGAGGAACACAAUAUUCAUUGCACCUUCAGCGUCUCAGUUCUUAAUCUAUGCAUUCGUGGUAAAGGUUCGUACCUGAAGAAAACUCCGUUCCUCUUUUCCAUAUAAAGCAUGAGUGUGUACUACAUAAAUGGCUGCACCUUUGUCUCGGUCACUGUUCUGUGCUGUGAGGAGACACCAUGGCCAAGGCAACGCUAGUAAAGGAAGAGCAUAUUGAGGGUUUACAGUUUCAGAGGGUUACCCGUUACCAUCAUGGUUGGGGAGCAUGGUGGCCUGCAGACAGAUGUGUCAGUAUCUCAGAUCUUUAUGUCCUUACCCACAGUCAAAGAGAGACUUAGCCAGACAUGGCUUUUGAAACCUCAGUGCUCACCACCAGUGGCACACGUUUCCAACAAGGCCACCCUUCCUAAUUCUUAUCAAAUAGUGCCACUCCGUGAUGAGUAAGCAUUCGAGUGUAUGACCCUGUGGGGGCCCCUUAUUCAAAUCGUCACAGCAGUAUUUCUGUGCUGUUAAAACUGUGGAUAGAUGUGAGGGUUGAGAUUUCUAAAAAUGUCCCUUAAGAGAAUGAUGAAAACAUGGAGAAGCUGGAACAUGUGGAAUAGAAGUAAGGUUUCCGAGAACUGACGGAGUCUUGCUGAGAAGUCAGAAUGGGUGUCUGUGGGUCAAGGGAGCAUCUCCAGCACUUCUUACCAACUAAAGCCUUUCGAAGGUUCUUCUUGUUCCUGAGUCUUUAGCAGCUUAAAAUACUUUGAAGCAUGGAAACCAGUUUGAGUUUUCCAGUACACUAGCAUUUUUGUUCAGUUGGUUAUCUCUGUACUACACUUGAUUGCUUUUCUUUGAUAAAAUGCUGUUUCAUUUCCAA